AUGAUAGGCUCUACAAUCAUGAAAUUAAUUUGUUUAAUGUUGCUGAUAUUGCUAAUAUUUGAUAUAUCUAGUUCUACGCAUAUCAGUGGCACUUUUAACACCAAUGAUUUUUUCAAGUUCCUUAUAAAGUUUGGCUUUCAAAAGACAGACCAACAUAAACAAAAAGAUUCUUAUGGUUAUAUUUUUGGAAAUAUCACUUCAAAAACAAACUUUUCUCAAAGCAUUACCUUAGCUGUACUUGAUCGGGGACACUUUUUAGAAUAUUAUGGAAAUCGUGUAAUAAGAAAUAAGAAGGUUGCAUGUGCCAUGAUGUUUAAAACAUUGAAUCAGACUUCAUACGAUAUAAAAUGUAAUGACAAUGGUCAAGAUUAUUUAAGAAGAAUACCCUGUCCGAAAGGAAAACUGUGUGUAGAUGAAAAUUUACCUUGGAAUGUCAUCAGUGGAAAUCAAUUUACAUAUAUUAUUAAAGAUAUCUGGCAGCCACGUUUCUGGUACAUUAGUUUAAUAGCUUGUUACAGAAAUAAUGAAACUUGCCAAUGGGAGUAUUAUGAUAAGUACAACGAACUAGAUUAUGAUAUCUGGUUGGUCAAUGGAAAUCCUAAUAACAGUGGUUUAAAUAGUUUAACGUAUCAAUUUUCAUAUGAUAGGCAGAACACUAUAGAAUUUUAUUUGCUCUUCUUUGUUUGUUAUAUUAUCUUAGUUCCACUACAAUUGUAUGCUGUAAGAUUACAAAGACAUCCUGUCACAAGACUUUUUACAGCAAGUCUUCUGUUAGAAUUCAUGGCUAUAUGUCUAAUUCUUAUUCAUGUUUUAAAAUUUGCCUUUGAUGGUAUUGGCUAUGAGCAAUUAGAGAUAGCUGGCGAUAUUCUGGAUAUCCUUUCAAGAACAUCAUUUAUGUUAUUGCUGCUUUUAUUGGCAAAAGGGUGGGCAGUAACUCGACAAGAAUUGACGUGGAAGCCCUUGGUGUUUGCUAUAUGGCUUUGUUAUGGCAUUGUUCAUAUUAUGCUAUAUAUAUGGAAUAUGACAGAAGUUGACAUUAUUGAAGAUAUUGAUGAAUACCAAACAUGGCCAGGUUGGUUUAUACUAUUUUUUCGCAGUAUAAUUAUGGUCUGGUUUUUGUAUGAACUUCGCAAUACUAUGACCUAUGAACACAACACUCAGAAAUUAAAUUUUCUACUUCACUUCGGUGCUUCUUCAUUAGUAUGGUUUAUUUACCUUCCUAUAAUAGCACUCAUUGCUCUUCAAAUAAGUGCAUUAUGGAGGUUUAAACUCUUACUAGGCAUUACAUACUCUGUUGACUGCUUUGCUUACUGUGUAAUGGCGCAUCUUCUCUGGCCAACACGUAGUGAACAGUACUUCUUAUUGGCCCAGGGCACCGAUAAUGGCGACGAACUCGACGAAUUCAACGAAGCACCACACGUAUUGAAUAAUUACGUUGAACCGCCGGAGUUGAGCAAAGUAAUAACUUAAGCUUUUGACAUUAGUCUCCAAAGGAAAUGCACAUUGUGCACAUUCUUAUAUGCAUACGCACACGCGCACUUCCUUGCGCAACCAGUCAUUCAUUAAUAAAUUACAACUAUGUGUAAUAAAAGAAAUCUUUAUUUUCUUUAAUUACAUCAUUAAGCUGUGUUUAAACCAUUAACAAUAUUUUUAUUAAUCUUGAAAAUAUGGAAUAAUUGCUAUUAAAUUCAUUGUAA